AUGAGAGGGUUCGCCAGGCAGAGAUCGAGGUCAGUGGUCGCAAGUGAUCAACCAGCGGAGCAAGCAGGCAUGUCAGAGGGAGCCCUUUUAAAUGUGCACAUGAUCUGGCUCCUCUUAGCUGCCCAGGUGACGGUGAACCAGCUGAACCUAGUGUCCCACAGCGUGGUGGCUGCUCCCUACCAGUGGGAGUACCCCUACCUGCUCGGUAUCAUCCCCUCCCUCUUCAGCUUCAUGGCCCUGCCCAAAAACAACAUCAGCUACCUGGUGAUCUCCAUGAUCAGUGCCGGUCUCUUCUGCAUAGUGCCGCUCAUCUACGGGGGCAUGGAGAUGUUCCCGGUUGCCCAGCAGCUGUACCACCACGGUGGCGCCCCUCUCACCAUCCCUAAUUGA